UUACAUCUCUUCCGUCUUUUCCAUUUUGAGACUAAGCACGUGUCGGUUUUUACUGCUGUGAUUAGAAGAAAUUCUUCAAUAUGGCACCAAAAGGUAAUAAUAUGAUUCCAAAUGGUCAUUUCCAUAAGGACUGGCAACGUUUUGUAAAAACAUGGUUUAACCAGCCUGCUCGAAAAUUUCGUAGGAAGCAAAGUCGUGUGAAGAAAGCUAGAAGCAUCGCUCCUAGACCUGCUGCAGGUCCUUUAAGACCGAUUGUGAGAUGCCCAUCAAUUAAGUAUCACACAAAAGUGCGCGCCGGACGUGGAUUUACCCUUCAGGAGUUGAAAGCUGCGGGACUUAACCCAAGAUUUGCCCGUACCAUAGGAGUUGCUGUAGAUUCUCGCAGAAGAAAUAAAUCUGUAGAGUCAAUUCAGUUAAAUGCGCAACGUUUGAAAGAAUAUAAGUCUAAACUGAUUUUGUUCCCCAUACACAACAAAAAGAAGUUACGUGCUGGUGAAGCUACUGAAGAGGAACGCAAAGUUGCUACGCAGUUAACAAGUGAAGUUUUACCCAUCCGGCAACCACCUAUCAGAACUAAGGCUAGGGUACCUACUGAAGAUGAAAAGAAAUUCAAUGCUUACAUUACUCUAAGGAAAGCUCGUGCUGAUGCCCGUUUAGUUGGAAUCCGGGCCAAGAGAAUUAAGGAUGCUGCUGAAAACCCAGAUGAUGUUACAAAAGCAGCAAAAGAGAAGAAAACAAAGAAGUAAAUUAAUAUAUGAUUUUAUAUUUUGUAACAUUAAGGAAAAUAUAAAAUGAUAAAACAAAAA